AUGCCAGAAAAGCUUGUUAGCCUCAAGAUUGGAGCGCUCUUUGCGGUCCUCGUUGCGUCGGUCAUAGGAAUAAUGAUCCCUAUACUUCGAUGGCGGAAUCAAAGCCCCAAAGAGUCGCGAGCAGGGGCGUUCUGGUAUUUCAUUCUUAGAUCCUAUGCAGCUGGCGUCAUGCUUGCUUUAGCAUUUGUUCAUAUUAUCGCCGAUGCGCUAGCUACCAUGGAUGGUCUGACUGGAAAUUUUCCGAUAGGUUCAGUUUUUGUAAUGCUGGGUGUUAUGACCAUGAUGAUUGUUGAGAGACUCUCCUUGGAUUUUGGAUCCUUCUUCAGCAAAAAAUCUGAAGAUGGGGUGUCUGUCGUUAGCCAAGAGUCUUCACAAAAUCCAACACCCUCUGAUUGCGCUAAGCCUCCAUACUCUCCUGCAGAUUUUCCCCAGGCACAUCCGUACGGCAUUGCGCCAGCUUCACUAGGGUUGAAUUAUCCAGCGGAUACGAUCAUCUCACCUCAUGCAAUACAAAUGCAGCAUCGUGUACUGCCGCUGGGACCAGUCCAAGACGUCGAGAGCUCCACUGACCUGUCACAGGACGAUGCCAAGCCGAAGGUGAUGCUGGGCAUGCUAGAGCUGGGGAUCGUCGUUCACUCGGUCAUCAUUGGAAUGGAUCUUGGCGUAAAGACAGACAGACCUAGUGCGAUUGUUGGACUCGUGAUAGCUCUUUGCUUCCAUCAGUUCUUCGAAGGCCUUGGGCUGGGAUCUUGUAUCGCCAACGUGAUGCAUGAUAAGGAUUCUCAAGUGAACUGGUGCAAGGUCGUCAUGAUGGUCGCCGUCUUCUCCUUGACAUUCCCACUGGGAGGCGCCUUGGGUAUGAUCAGCAUCGCAGCAGAGUCCUUUCAUGCCGACAACCUGUUCCAACCAUGGCUUCAAGAGGAUUUCAACAGAGCAGACAUCAACUCGCGGGAGAACUUGGCCCUGCGAUGGCUAAUGCUGCUCAGCGUCGUCCUCGGAGCCACUUGUAUGUCUUUGUUAGCACUUCAAGCUUGA